UGUAGCGGUGAAACCUCAGAGCUGUCACAGAAAGCGUCGGUCCGUCUCGCUGCCUCAGCCCACAGUCAUGCCAUCCAUCUCUAGACUUUACUCGUCGAACACCCAUCAAUAAUUAAGUUUCCGUUUAACGGACUUUCCCGGAGUUGAACUGGGCGGACAUGUUUCUUUAAGCGGAGCCUGGUGGUCGUGAGGAUUAUCAUUUCCUGACAGAAUUCAACGGAGCCUCACUGUUGUUUGGCGUGGUGCUGUUUUUGUUCAACUGCGACAGACCUCACAACACAGCGAGCCAUGUCUCGUAGGAGUUCUCGCCUGGUGUCCGGCGGCUACUAUAAUUCAGAUGAAGAAUCUGAUUCAAGUAGUGUGACAAACAUUUCCUACCGUGAAAACCCUGUCAAGGUUUUCAAGAAGAAGGCAGGGAACCGCAAGGCCGGCUCCCGCACCCCCAAUAGAGCCAACAGCAAUGCUAGUUCUGUCAGCUCAGAGCCGCCUAUCACUGCAGGCCAGUAUGAUGGCCUGAGUCCUUCUCCCUUGAGCAUCCAGACUCAGCCGACCAUGAGGACGUUGCCGUACAUCUCCACCACAGCCACCCCUCGGCCACCCCUGACCCCUUCAUCGAGCCGGGGUCAGACGCCCACGCGCUGCCCCUCAGUACCUCCAGAGAAGGGCCCCUACACUGGGCUCUGCAGCUCCAGCCAGCCAGGAUUACACCUCAGACCCAGCAACAAGGAGCUGAGUCAGAGCGGCGUGGACAGCUCAGGGUACUCGUCCUCUGAGGGUCCUCACAGGAAGCCCACAGCCACCGCCACCAGUGGUACCAGUAGAACCGGCAGUGACAGUGAGGCUCCCAGUGCUGGAUACAGAAGCAGAAUCAACAGUGCCUUCGUUAAUCUAAUGGACUCAAGUAAAUUGAUGGCCGCUGCAGCGCAGUCAAAAAUAAUGCAUGUGGCAGCUUUAGCUAAUACUUCAGUCAGCAGUCGCAUGAAGAAGGCUUGUUGUCUGUUUCUCCUCCUCCUCCUCAUACUUCUAUGUCUUUGGUUCCUUCUUCCCUGGUUUACCUCACUCUUCUCCCGCAUGGCUGUCACAAAGACCCCGACACAGACAAAACCUAAGAGUCAACCUGUUCUCCCAGCCCCUCCUCCUCCUCAACCCAGCACCAUACAUCCUACACCCGUGGUGGAUCCAGCUGUUGUCUCUGCUGUUGUGGAGGCGAAGAUGCAACGUAUUUUGGAUUCAGCCGCUGUGUCUGCUGCUGCUGUAGAAACAAAGAUGCAACGUCUUUUGGAGGAGCAGCAGCUGAAGCAGCAACAAAUUCUCUUUCAGAUGAAGGAGAGACUACAGCUGGACGUGCAUGAUAUGAAAACCAAGCUUGAGACUUUGGACUCAGACAGUCGGCUGCGUUUGGAGCAGGAGCUUGCGGAGUUGGGCAGGCAGAUGGUGGAUCACCAGACAGACAGUCGCUCUGCUGCCGCCAGCCUCAGCCUUAGGAUCCAAGCUUUAGAGGCCCAGAAUACUGAGCUGUCCCAGAAGUGGUCGUCCAUCCAGCUGAUGCCUCCUCCUGCCCCCUGUCCUGAUACGAGCACCGCCCCCGUCCAAAACCAACUCACUCCAGAGCUCCAACAGGCCAUGGAGAAGUGGUUCACUGACCGCAUCAAGGAGCAGGAUGCUGUCAGGCUCGGUGACAAAGGAAGCUGUCCAGACUGUGGACGUCCCAUGGCUGACAAAAUGGCCGACUUUGCACUGGAGACUCAAGGUGCCAGUGUGAUCAGCACCAGGUGUUCAGAGACGUAUCGUAUUCGUUCAGCAUGUGUGACCCUGUUUGGAUUCCCUCUGUGGUAUCCAUCUGAGAGCCCACGCACUGUUAUUCAGGGCUUCCCGGUGCUGCUCCCAGGGAAAUGUUGGGCGUUCCAUGGUGUCCAGGGGACUCUUGUGAUCUCUCUGUCUCACCCCAUCACUUUAACUCAUGUGACGCUUGACCACCUGCCACGCUACAACUCCCCCACCGGCCACAUCGACUCCGCCCCCAAAGACUUUGAAGUCUAUGGAAUGAAAAACGACACAGAAGAAGGAACACUGCUGGGAACGUUCACUUACGAUGAGAACGGAGAGUCAACACAGACGUUUAAGCUGCCUAACCCCAAUGAUGUGGUGUAUCGAGUUGUGGAGCUGCGUGUCCUCAGUAACUGGGGUCAUGUCGAAUACACGUGUCUUUACCGUUUCCGCGUGCAUGGAAAGAUCGCCUCCACAUGAGACGCGGCACUCGCUGACCAAGAUGAGACGGCUCAUUCCAACAUAUCAGUUAAUACCUUUGCAUUGUACUCUAUUUAAAGAAAAAAAAAAAAAAAAAAUUUUGCAUAUGAUGUCAUCAAUCUGUGCACUGUCCAGAUGGAGGGCAGGCAACUGGGGGCAAAGACUACAAACACAGCACAAAUGUUCCAAUCGAUCAAAUUGGGGAAAAAAUAAGGGCCACUUUAAGUUCCAUAAAUAGUAGGACGUAAAGGGGAGAAGUUAUUAAAAAAAAAAAGUCACUGAAAGAGCAGCAGAUCAAAAACCUUCAUCUUCAGUCUGGAGGAUUGGAGUCAACUAAUUUAUUUAUUUUUAAACUGUGAAACAAGACAAGAUACAUGUAAGGACACGUGAAAUAAGGCUACAUACAUACAUACAUAAAGAGACAUAUGACAUGACAAAACAACAAUUAGUGACUGUGGGUGUGUGAGUGUGUUGUAACUAAUGAACGACAAAUAUAAAUGGUGACAACGACAUACAUAAUAAUAGUAGUAAUGAUAGUAAUGAUGAUAAUAAAAUGAAGUAAUAAUCAACAACAACAUUAUCAUCAUAGGCUUUGAGGGGGGGGGCGAAAGAGAAAAUAAACAAACAAAUUAAGCGAAUAGAAAAAUAAAUGAAUAAUAAUAAUCAUAAUAAUAAUGAAAAUAAUUAAAGUAUAUAUACAUACACACAUACACACACAAUAAUCAUCAUCAUCAUCGCCAUCAUCAUCAUCAUAAUGGUAAUAAUAAAUAAAUAAUUAAACAAAGGGGGAUAAAUAAAAAUAAAGGGACGAAGAGAAGUGAAGGCUCUGCCUCGGAUCCCCACGCAGCCACAGAGCGGGCCGACCCCCGCCCAUGUCAACUAAUUUUAAAGGUAAACAUUAAAGUAUUGUGUUAAACGUACCACGAGUUGGAUGCAAUCGCAAUGUCGUGUGACAACUUCUCUGUCUCUUGCCAUGACCCAAAUUUUCAACGGCAUUCCACCAGACCUCUGGGAACGGGUGACUUGGUAGGUAGAAAACAGUAGCUAAAGUUAGCUAACAUUAGCUAGUAAGGUUAGCCUGACAGCGGUGCAUCCAUGUGCUAAGUUAACAUAUUAAAGACAGGAACAUUCAAGACUGAUUCAUACUUGGGCAUUCAACACUUUUAAAGAGUGCCACUCGACAGAAACUAAACAGUCGUGUGACUUUUUCAAUGAAUACUUCAUUGAAAGGUUUCAGUUGUCUACAUGAUAACCAGAGACCCCCUGCGUUUUGUUUUUUUUAUGGUCUGAGUCUAUAUCUGUUUCUGUUUAGUAAAGAGUAAUCUGCACAGACAGCGGCUUAAAUCCCACAAAUAUCCCACUGUAUAUGGGUUUAUCUUAUGAACCUUUUAUUUAUUAAUUGAUCAGCCACCAGUCCGUCUGAGCAGCAGAUUCCCCUUACUCUCUGUGGUGGGCGGGGAAAUAACAUCAAUGAAUCAAUAAACGCAAACACAGUUGGUUUCCUCCCAUGGUGCUGACAGCAUGGUGCAGGCAAUUUUCUGACGAUGCCUGCUGCCUGCAGGUUCAUCCAGCCCUUUUAUAUUGUCACUUUCCUCUAUAUCCAGUUCACAGUGUAUGGAUUCAUCACUUCUUGCCCUCCAUCUGAAUUUUGCACGUCAUAGUCACGUGAUUGCAAACAAGCUAUUUGAUGGUCUGUGGUGCGUUCAAGGCCAAAUGCUACUGAAAAGAUUUUUAGUGUUGAGCAGUGUCUCUCCUGUGUUGCUGUGUUUUUGAUUUUUAAUGUUAAAGUGACUGAAAUCAUAGGAGGUGUUUUUUGUGCACAAUUAAGGUGCACAUUGGACAUUUAAUUAAUCUACAGAAUGAAGUGUAUGAUAUGUUUCUUAAAAACCAAAAAUCUACCUAGUAAAACCAUUUUAGAGCAUAAAGUUCUGGAAACUUUAUGGUUUUGGUCAUCGGAGAGUGCCACAGAAUAAUUUUUAACUUUUCUUGUUAUUACUAUUUAUCAGGUUUUUCCUACUUAACAUUUGCAGAGCACACAGUCCUACCAGGGAGCUCCCCAAUAAAGUGAUGUGUCUGUAUACCAGUUUAGCGUUAAGGGCCGUGCUUCAUGGUACUCUGACAAAUUCAAAGGAACAACAGUGUUGCAGAAUAACUUUACUGACUCUGGUUGCAAGCUUUCACCUCAAAGCUUCCCGCCACAACACAUAAGUGACAUAAAUGGAGUUUAAAAGGCUUGUUUCUAACAUGCUCUGUCCAUUUUUGGGCACUGAAUUGAUUUGAAUAUUUAAUAUCUUUACAACAUGAGGUUCUGUUUCAUGAAGUUCUCAAUCGCACGUUGGUUUCCUGUUAUCUUGAAUGGUUGAAGCAGCUGUUGCACCAUUUUAACAGGACACUUUCGAUAUUUGGUUGUUGCUGAUGUUGUGACUGAUGGGAUGUACCAUCCUAUAAACAGUAGGUAGAAUUUAUACAGAGGGCAGCAGUGAAUGUUUUUUAAUCAGUGUUGUUUGAUUUAUUAUUCCUACGAAUUAUAAAAUAUGCAGCUUACCGGUACUUGAAUACUAGACAACCUCUUUUUCUAACCUUUUAAAAGAUGUCAGUCCGACUUCAUGACAUUCUACUUCUUUGUACAUAUUCACAACACAGAUUUUGUAUGAGAAAGAAAAGUGUUAUUUAUUUGCAAAACGAGAAUAUUCAAUUAUGAUUUCGUAACAGAUAAAUUGAUAAAUGAGUACCUGUUUGGAAUUCACACAACAGACAACCUAUGUCAGUGUCAUUCAAUCAUUCCCCAUGUAUUCUUUGUGUGUUUGUUAUACAGAACAUUUACAGAAAAUAUUAGAUACUUGUUUGUUUGUUUUUUUUGUUUGUUUGUGUUUGAUGAAGUGCACUAGAGAUGAAUCCAGGUAAAAAUAAAAAAAAAUCCAUUUCUUACCGAUUUCAUUUAUUAAAUAUGUACUCGUCUUUAAGAACAUUUCCUUGUUUUCAGACAGUUGUGAUUUGGAUCAUCACAAAUUCAGCAUCAGGAAUUAUUUAUAAUAUACUUCUAUAUUUUGAUAUAAUUUUUGCAGUUUAUAUGAAUGUGUAAUGUUAGUGCAUUGCAUUUUGUAUUUAAACUGGUGAUUGUAGUUAAUUCAUUACAAAUAUUUAAAGCUUGAUUGUGUGUAACCAUGAAUUAUGAUUUGCAAUGCUUACAAAUCUUUAGGAACUCCUCGGUUGGAAGCACUAUAAUAUUUGUUUAUAUUUUCUUUCACUUAUAUCACCUAAAAAAGGUGAAAUUUGAAGUUUAUAUUUUUGAAAGCUGUUGAACAGCCUGUACAGUCUAAAUGCUUUUAUCUUUGUGCUCUUCACUGAACACACAAUAACACAGGCAGCUUCAGUCUCUCAGAUUCUUGUUAGUGUUUGCAGAUGCACAAACGAAGCUUAAGUUUAACAGUUAAUCAGGUUCAUCUCUUUCAUACAUGUCUGACAAUGUAAGUUUAAUUUUUCUCAGUUUCAAACAAGCCUAACUUAAACAGUAACUUCAGACGUUCAUAUCCGUUGCUGCCAAUUAUUUUCUCUUUGAAUUAAACUGAUUUAUGUGUCAGAAUCUGCCUGAAGCGUUCUCCAGAGUAUUUGACUAUCAAUGCCUAUUUGUAAGCCAAACUCGGAUGUUGUCUGAUUUCAUAAAUAAAACAUUGUAAUACA